AUGAUUAGCUUUACAUAUUCUAUCGAUGGCAUUGUAACUUGUAGAUGGGCUCAUAUUGCGAGCCACUUGCCGGGAAGAACAGACAACGAGAUCAAGAACUACUGGAACUCGUGGAUCAAAAAGAAGAUACGAAAAUCCUCCUCCACAUCCUCGCUAACAACCUCGACAAACACAAUUAAUGCCUUACCAAAAUCCGACCACCAAAUGCCCUCAUCACAAUUCACCACAUCAUACACACAAAACCACCAACUCGAAAUCUCAAGCCGCAAUAAUCAAGACCUCGCCGCGAAAUCCUCGCAAGUUCAAGAAAAUUCCGCAACUCUACUCCCUCUCCCGAGUCCUCGUUUCAUGUUCGAAAUCGAGGGCAUGAUGAGCUUGAACAACAACCUUAACUCCCGAAUGGAUAAUAGUAAUAAUCACCCGAUUUUCCAAGAAAAUAACCGAGAAACGUGGCAACCAAACAAGAUGAUUAGGCACGACGAACAUCUAGCCGCCGGUCAGCCGGAUAUGGUCCAAUUCACGAGCUUCGGUUUGACUCCGUUGAUCGAUAACAUUGAGAGCAUGAUGAUGCCGGUUGACCACCGGCAAGUGCAGAGUUUCGUGGGGCCCGGACAGGUGGCGGAGCUCGACUGCAUGGGAAGAAACGAGGUGAUUAACGAAUGGGUCGACGCGCAAAAUUGUUCGAGUUAUCUGUUUUGGGAUCAGUUAGCAGGGCAGUUUGGAGGGGAAGAAACAAUUAUGCCAAGUGCUUCAUCAAAUGUGGGUACCAUUUUGUACUCUUCAUUUCCUUCAUCUCUAUGA